AUUUAAGAAACUCCAUGAGAUUGCUGUCACUGUCAGAAGGAACCACUCUCACACUAAAUCAUAUGACUACAACGUGGCAUACAUGAACCCGAUGUGGAUUUGAAAAAGUCUAUGUAAGUGCCAGGUCGUUGGCUUAUCUAACCUACCUAUCUUUGCUCCAUUUUGUGUCUCUCGUUUUGCCCUUUUUUCUCUCUAUGGCAUUGGCAAAACUUCCAAAGAUUUAGCCCACUUGCUGGAGCCGACGCAGAUCUUGCGCGAGUAAUGAAUGAAUGCGCUUGCCGUUCUUGUUAAAGUCAAAUUAAUAAAUAUAGCAGCUCGCAGUCAUAGCUCCCAUAGCGCGUUGUAUGAUUUAUGUUUUUCGACAUCUGAUACUGAUUCUGCCUUGCUAAGAAGGUUAUAAUAGAGAACGAUACCAGAGUUAGUACUUUUAACCCUUUGUCUUGUUAGCACGCACAACAUGUUGUCAACACUCCGCGGAUCAAGCAUGCGCAGCAUCGCGCGAACAGCUGGUAUUAUAAUUCAUGUGGUUUGCUUGUUUUUUUGAACCCGUCCUUAGAUGGAGAGGUUGAUCAACAAGAUAGGCCUUGUUCUUGUUGCAGUCUCUCAACUGUUCCCUUUCCAAUCAACGACAGUUUGUUAACCUCAAAUUCAUCCCAGUCCCAUCAAAUAGGUCGUGGCCGCAAGGAGGUCCUCAGUCACCUGAGGACUGCGCUUGUCGGCAGCUCGUGUGCGGGGUGCAGCGGUUGCGCUUCUUGCUUGAGCGCCGCACGCGCAUUUUCUUCCGCUGCAGCUAAGAAGCUUCAAACGGGCUUGGCACAGGAAAUCCAACACGAGAAAGACAAUUACGAAAAGCCGAAAGAACUCUCAAAAGUGCCAGCUGGUUGGUCGUUCCACGAUGAGGCUGGAAAUGUUAACAUGCGCCUCGAAAAGGAAUUAGGUAUAUACAAUUGCUAAACCUGCCCAAUAACUGUUUAUUUUGACUUCAUGAUUUUAGUUUUUGUCAGCAACAGAGAAGAAUUGGGACAUCAGGAACAACUACCGGGAUUCUUUGGAGCUGUCUCUCACCACUUCUUGGUUGGCCGUCCAAUUCACCAUCCAAUCCGCCUGACAACUCCCAAAAUACGUCAAAACAAUCACAGCUAACGGUAAAACGUGCAAGGUUGAAUGGCAACUCGUUUCGCCACCAAUGGCAUAUGAGGAGGAUAUGGAGAACGAAGAGACGCCUGAGCAGGAGCCGACGGAAGUUGAGCUCACUGUAACAGUUGAGACGAAGGAUAAAAGCGAAGGUAUUUAUACAUAGAACUUCUUGUGUGCAAGUGCAGGUGAUAGCAUAUUGAUUAUUAGGAUUUCUGUAGGCCGAUCUAGAAGCAGUGCAUGCCAGUGUCAGUUGAGUGAAGAUUCCCGACUGAGUUUUUGCAUUGGUGUAUGACAAGACACGCGGUUUUUGAUAUGCUCAGAAAGGGGAGUAAGGUAAAAUCGUAGUUAGGAUGAUUUCGCUGGGACAAGGUGCGUCCGCUGGCACAGAAUUAUUUUUUCAAUUCCUAGGUAGUCUUAGUACAUGUACUUCCUCAGCUGUCCUCUCUAUCUUUUUUUCCCAAAAGUUAAUUUUAUCUGCAAUGAUUCUUGUUCUCAACAUCUCAAGAUGCCACCACUGUUUACACGACUACAGGUUUGACGUACUAUUGUUCGGCGUCCAGUAUGGAGGGCGCAAAAGAAGGUCCGAAGAGCUCGCUUGCUAUCGGCAACGUCAAAACCUGGAGCUCAGUGGAGGAGCGUGAUAAUGCAGCGAGUUACAACGGACCGGAGUUCGACGACCUCGAUGACCGUCUCCAGGAAGCGAUGGAGGAAUACUUGGGUACUUUCACUUACUGAAUUUACUGAAUACUUUGUCGUGGAGCGAGUUGUCUAAGAUGAUGUAGGAGGAAGAAGAAUAUUACCUGAAUAUCGAUCUUAUGACCAUUGAUGCAUCUCAUUAUCUAUCAUGGUACAGCAGGCAGUAUGUAUUCACCUGGAAAAGAAAACUCAUUUUGGUCUUACACCAAAGGGAAUUGGAAAAUCCCCACAUUUUUUCGCUCACGAGAAGAUCCAAAGUAGAGACUCGAAAGUUCGCAACCUACGGUGGUAUGAAUGCUGACUGCUUGUAUCUCUUUCACAUCAAUAGUGAAAAUUUCAAAACACGACCACAGCCGAGAUCGGUGUUAACGAGGAAGUGCAGGAGUUUAUUAGUGCUUCGGCGGCGGAUAAGGAGCAACGCGAGUACAUGCGGUGGAUGGAAAACUUGAACCGAAUGGUGAAAGCGUAACCUUGCGUCAAUUGCUGCCUCGACGUACCGCUAGCACAGGGUUGACCUCCACAUGAUAUGGCGCAAUGAUAGUGGCGGCUCCACAUUUUAUCGAUCAUAGCCUCGCCACAAGCACACGACAUGACUGAUUUUCUUUGUAGUUUCCUGUCACAGUCGUGGCAAUUUUCCAAUACAAUCGAAUAACAUAUCUAUGUCAUGAUGAUCGACCUGGUAUCACUCAGCACUACAGCUUGUGUGUUUGUUAGCAUGAAAACAUGGCAUGGAAAUGUAUGAUUUCUUGUUCUCCGACGCCACAAUUUUAUCAAACGAAUUGUUACAACUGUAUCUAAUAAUAACAUACUGAAUCCUACAAUAAAGAUCUUGACCAUCUCAACGAUCUUUUCAGAUGUUUAUUUUUUGUUCUUGAGAAUACUAAAUACUGAAUCUUAAUGUUGGUUGAGGACAUGGACCGAUCGGGAUAUGGUUUUUGGGAGUGGAUAAGAUGUGCUUUAUCAGCACGAAAUUUUCAGAGGCCAAGGCGUGACGGAUGCUGAUACGCGCAAGACCAUGAAGAGCGCCUUCCGUAAGCCGGCAACACGUUUCUGACGCGGACACGGAUUCGAC